AUGCAGUUCACUACUCUGUCCGCUCUUCUCGGCCUUGCUGCCACCGUCGUUGCUCUUCCUCCCGUUGCUCCCUCCGCUGGUGGCGUCGGCAAUGGCAACGGUGUCGGCAACAAGGGUAACACCCAGGUCCGCUUCCCUGUGCCUGACAACAUGACUGUCAAGCAGGCCCAGGCCAAGUGCGGUGACCAGGCUCAGCUCUCCUGCUGCAACAAGGCCACCUACGCUGGUGACACCACCGAUGUCAACUCUGGCAUCCUCGGCGGUACCCUCAGCAACCUCAUCGGUGCUGGCUCUGGUGCCGACGGUCUUGGUCUCUUCAACCAGUGCUCCAAGCUGGAUCUGCAGGUCCCCAUCGUUGGUAUCCCCCUCCAGGACCUGGUCAACCAGAAGUGCAAGCAGAACAUUGCCUGCUGCCAGAACUCUCCUUCCAGCGCCAACUCCGACCUCAUUGGUCUUGGCCUGCCCUGCGUUGCCCUUGGCUCCAUCAUCUAA